UGAGGGAGAGGAGAGGUCUGUCUGACAGGGGCUGCGAGUGAACGCAGAGCCCUGUGGCAUUGUGUGUGAAUCAAGGCGUGCACUAAGAGGAUUGAAGAGGUAGUAGGGACGUGUGGAUGUGGUGAUGGAGAAAUAAGGCAAACUUCUGAGAGAAAGAAAGGCUAACAACAUCUGAGAGAAGAGAAGGAAGGCUAUAGCUUCUAAGAGAGGAGAAGGGGCUCUAACUUCUGAGAGAAGAGAAGGAAGGCUGUAACGUUCUGAGAGAAAGAAGGGUUGUGUGUGCGGGAAAGAGGGAGGAAAUGUAUAUGCGGAGGAGGGAGGAGAGCAGCGCGGUGUGGCACGAUCGAGCUGGCAUGCCCGGUGUACGGUCUGAAGUGCCGGGGUUGUGAGAAGUGGGACAAAGAGGAGGCCUGAAGGUGGACUCAGCUAUGGAUUCGGCGGCGGCAGCGCCACCACAAGGUGGCUACGGUGGCCGUGGCAGCCAGGAAGAGGACGACGAGGUAACUCUUCAGAAGAAGAGGGACAUAUUCAGUCAGGACUUGGCAGGAAGCAGAUCCUUUUUUAGAAGUCCCCUCACUGGUGACGGCAGCAUGAGUGCCGAUGCAGGGAUUCACGCAAAGCCAGGAUUCAGAGAGCGGAAGACGGCCACGUCAUCGAUGACGUCAAUGAGUAUAAAGAAUAGUAAUAAUAAUGAGGGAAGCGGUGGUGUCGGUGCAGGCUCUCUUUUUGGUCCCGGCUGGACAAAAGCCUCCUCGGCAGAGAUCGGAAGAAGAGUCGUGACCAAAUUUUCAGAAGAGAUUAAAACUGAGGUGGGUGAUACGGAUUGCAAUAGGCUGCAAGGUGCAGGGCGCAUCUCCAGUGCAGGUGGCAGCAGUGGAAUAGCGUUUGUUCGAGGGGGAGGGGCAGGGGGAGGGGGAGGAGAAAGAGGGGAGUGGACUGAAAGAAAGGAAAAAGAGGGGAGGGAGAAGGGGAAAGGCCAACAAGAUGAUCGUAAGCGACAAGGCGGCGGAGGAGGAGAUGGCAGUGAAGUUGGAGAGCAGUAUGAUGAGGAGGAGGAGUGGACAUGGACGGAAGGGAGUGAUUCGUCGGAGGGAACGUCAGGUCGAGGAGGAAGUGCUGCAGGCGGGGGAACGAAACAGCAGAGCGAAAGGAAGACAAAGAAGAAGAGGAGGAAGAAGAAGAAGAAGGAGAAGGGCAAGGGCAAGAGUAACGGGCAGCAGGAGGAAACUAUCGCCACCUCUAGUAAGACUCUUGGAGGCCUACGACAGGCUGGUCCUUCUGCUGCAGAAGCAGGAGGAGAAGCAGCAGGCUUGAACGAUUUUGGCAGCUGGACGAGGACAUGCAAUUUAGAUGCAAGUGGAGGGAUAUGGGGGCGGGCGAAGUCGAUGGAGUCGGCAAAGUUGGAAAAGUUGAAUAUUUUGGAUUCCGCUGCUGGCAAUUCCGCUGCAUCUUACGUUUCUAGUUCUCCUUUCUUGGGUCGCUCGAUCAAUCGGAUUCAAAGCACGGUUAAGAGUAAGGGUCAGGCUGGUCCGGUGCAAGGAGGGAGCGGGUUGUCGGGCGGCGGCGAGGCCUUGUCGGGUCUCCUCCCCUCUUCAGGUGGCGAAGGUGUUGGUGGAGGAGGAGAUACGCUGCUGGUCUUACAGAAGGCAAGGGAGCUGAUCCGAAGCCAUUCCCAGGCUAGACGGCCUGUUGCCGAAGGCGAUGGGGAAGGUCCGGAGGACGAGGUGGUGGAAUCCAAAGGGAGGGUUCGCAAGGUGACUACCAAGAGAAGGAGCUUCAAAAUCAGUUCUUCUAGUGCGCAGGAGGACAGCAAAAUUCUGAAGGUCAAAGUCGUGACAUGGCUUGAGCACAUUCUGUGCGAAGAUAUUCCGAGCACGAUGCCCCUGGAGGACAUUCUUGCUGAUGGCACGCUGCUGAUUCAGGUAAUGAGAGUAAUUCAAGAGAGGAAAGAAAAGGCGAAGACAAUUGGACUGGCGAAAGCAAAAGCACUGCCGAGAGAGAAGAGAGAGUGCCCGGCUAUAUAUAAAACAGGCGUGGGCUCGAAAUUGACCUUUCUCGCAUACGGAAAUGUGGACAUGUUCCUCAAGUUUCUGAAACGCUGUGGUAUUCCGGAAAGUGAGCACUUCAGCAUUGCCGACCUCGUGGAGAAGAAGAGCAUAUGGCGUGUGAUGACCUGUUUGAGAUGGCUGUCCAAGAAAUUGCGCGACGAGCGUCUGGAAGACUACGAUAUCGAUAACAUUUUUGAUCUACUCAAUAUUCAUCUAGGGGACAAUGAGCAAGGGGAGGACAUGGUAUCGAGGAGGCAAGCGGCUGAGUUGGCGGUGGUAGACCCCAAGCCGGACGAAAGGGGACGGCAGAAAGGACAGGAGGUAGGCUCAUCAGAGCGCACCACCACCACCACCUCCUCCUCCUCCUCCUCCUCCUCCUCUUCUGAGGAGAAAGCCGAACAGCAGCUUCAGCAGGAGCAGGAAAAUGGGUGUGGGAAAGGGAAGGAGGGGCUGAGUGGCAAAGUGAAGGAGGUCGAAUUAGCGGUUCCUUCUAGCACUCCCUCGACUCAUCGCCUCGGUGGCGUAAUCUCUCCUCCAAUUCCUCCACGUCCUCCUUGUGUUCAUUUGCCUCCUCGUAGUGCUCCUCCCCCUCCUGCGGUUGUGGCUACAGUCCCCUGCCCUCUCUCUUCUGUUGUUGCCCUCUCUCCCAUGUCCUUGUCAUCAGCAGGAGCAACACCUCAUUCGGUUGAUGAAUCGUUGGAUGUUAAUGAAGCUGGGCCGAUGGCAGUCCCCCCUCCUCCUACUUCCCCGGCAAUCGGCACACACGCGUUACUUAGGGAAGCCGAGGAGCGGGAGAAGGAGAGGCUUGUGGAAGAACAGAACGGCGCCGGGAUUGAUCAGCACCACCAAAAACACGGUCAACUGCUGGAUGAGCAGAAGCAGGAGCAGGAACGGCCGCAGGAUAGGCAGCAGCAGGAGCAGGGGCGACAACAGCAGGAGCAGGAGCGGAAGGCAGACAAGCUCUUGAAACCGACUUGGGGCAUGACGCUGCUCACAGCAGCCCGCCAGAGCUCGGGAACUCAGCAAGGGCACAAAAAGGAAGAGGAAGGCGAUGCCGUGACGGCUACCGAUGCCGAUGCUGGCAAUGGUGAUACAUUGACUGCUGCCACUGCUAGUGGUGCUAGCAGUGCCUCCUGUGCUGGAGAGGGGGGAGUUGCUUCGCUGGAGGCAAAUCUCAAAGCCAGGCUUCGGCUGCUGGUCGAGAAACACGCUUUGAAAUCGCCCAAGGCUCAGUGGAAGCGCUUGAUGUCGCAACUUCCUCCAAGAGAGCGCCGGGCUGAGAAGGAGCUCCUCUACUCCGAGUCCUUCAAGCAAGAAGACCUCGAGUUCUUGGAGAGGAAAGCCAAAGCGUGGAUCGAGUACACGUUGUGCAUUCGUCUGGCCGAGGGGCCGCCGUUGAUUGAUUACCUCGCUGACGGCAACAUGCUGGCACAGAUCAUGAAGAAAUGGCAUCAGAAGUAUGACCUGCCGGAUGUCACACGCGUCCUGCCGAGAGGGCCCAACUUCAGCCCCGUUCUCUUCCGCACGGGAUCGCGACUCGGGUUCUUUGCCUAUUCCAACGUGCUGGCCUUUCUCCGCUUCUGCAAGGGUCUGGGCUUGGAGCAGACAGAGAUCUUCAAUCCGGCGGAUCUGGUGGAGAAGAAGGACCCCAGGCGCGUGUACAUCUGCCUGAGGGCUAUCUCAAAGAGGCUAAGUGUGCGGGGCUUGGAAACUGUCGACCUGGACAAUGCCAUCGCGCAGCGUGCUGCUCAGACCUUCAAAACCGAAGAUCGCCAUUGGGAAUUAAUGCAGCAGGAACCGGCAGACGAGGUCGAUGAGGUCAAUGAUGAAGACGUGGCUACAGUGGAAGAAUUGGUGGAUAAUGAUAACGAUAAUGAUGAGGAUCACACCGCCGACGUGGAUGAAACUUGCGAGUUAGAUGCUCUCCGCAGCGAAGGGCAGGGCGAGGACAACAACAAAGGUAAGCAUACGAGGCCAUCGAAAGCCCUUUGGGGAGGACUGGGAAUGAUUGCGCGAAUAGCGCAGAUGCGCCAGCGGCAGCGGCAGGAAGUUGAGAAAGUGGGGCAACCGCAUGAACAAUGUGGCCAGCUUGCAGCUCGGCACAUCGACACUGACAUGGACAUCGUCACACUGGGAAAACUUGAUGCAGCUCUGAAAGGUCCAGUGAUGGAAGAUGAGGUACGCGCCUGGAUGGAGCGAAGGAGGAGAUGGAGGAAGGUAUCCACCAUGUCUUCGUUCAUCGCAAGGAGUCGGUCGUUCUCAUUCAAGCCCUCCUCGCUCCACGGAGCAGCAGCGCUAGCACUGUCCUCGUCAGGAGCGAUGAAAGGCCCUACGGAGGAGAAGGUCGAGAAGAUAGAGCAGAUGCAGGGGAUGAGGUGGUUGAGGAAAGAGGAGAAGGAGAUGGGGACGGUGGAGAAGGGGGAGCUGAUGCAGGGGAUGAGGCAAGCGAAGGAGAUGAUGGAGAACAUGAGGAUGANACAAGGAGAUGGGGACGGUGGAGAAGGGGGAGCUGAUGCAGGGGAUGAGGCAAGCGAAGGAGAUGAUGGAGAACAUGAGGAUGAAGCAGAUGCAAGGGUGAGGGAAAGAGAAGGAGAAGACGACGGGAACAAACGCACAAAGAAAAUUGAGCGGGGGACGAGCGAGCAGAUAGAAGAGGGCGGACCCUCAGAUGCUGCUGCUGCAAAGAGCAGGGUAAACGAGGAAAGAGGAGAAGGAGAGGGGAGAGAAGAGGUGGUCCGUCCCGAGAGUCUUGAACAGACUUCGCAGCCGAUGGAAGAGCAGGAUAUUGACAAGCGCUCAGCCACUGGCGUCAGAGGUCUAGCUGCUGGUGGACUGACGGAAGAUUUGCCAGCAACAAUUGAGCUUUCUGAAGUGGAGGACGAGAUAGAGAUAGAGGAGAAGAAGCUGGUAUGGGAGCGUGUCCAGUCGUUGAUGACGAGCAUUCAACAGUUACGUGGCUUGACCGAGGAGCAGUCCCCCUCGGGGGGAAAUACUAUCAGCAGUGGGGCUCCUCCUGCAGGGCUUUGGGAGAAUUCGGUAGGAACAGGGGAAGAUCAACAACAGGGAAGAGGUCAGGGGAAGGGGGUGAAAUGGAGGAAGAUGAAAUCGUUGGUAAGCACUGGCUUUUUGCGCAGUGGCCUUUAUGACAGUUUACCUCUCCCCACGAUCAAGGAAACACAGUCAUACGACUCAGCAAAGGAACUGCUGGUACAAGAAGAAGAUAAUGAGCAUAGAGAAGAGCAAGCGGAGAAAGAGCCGCCCGUGGACGAAUCAAUAGAAGAAGAAGAAGAAGAAGAAGAAGAAGAAGAAGAAGAAGAAGAAGAAGAAGAAGAAGAAGAAGAAGAGGAGGAGGAGGAGGAGGAAGAAGACUGGAACGAGUUCAAGCCGAGAGAGGUAGAAGAAGAAAAAGGACAGCGUAAUGAUGAUCCUUAUUUUGAUGGCGAUGCUCAUGAGGACAAAGGAUCAGAGGUGGAAGCAGCAGCAGCAGCAGCAGCAGCAGCAGCAGCAGAAGAAGAAGAAGAAGAAGAAGGGCAUAUGGACAUGGAGGAGGAAGAUGCGGGAAUACAGAUGGAGGAGAGAAAAGAAGAAGACGCAAGAAUAGAGGAGGGAGAAAAAGCAGACUUCCCAAUAGCCAUGGAGCAGAAAGGAAAAGUAGGCGCAGAAUUAGCAGUGCAAGAGGGCAUUGUUGAAAGAGAACACAUGAAAAUAAAGAUGCAGGAGGAAGAAGCAGAAGCUGCAGAAAAAGCAAUUGAGGACACUGAAGUAAAAAAUACGGAGGUAGAAGAAGCCAAAGUAGAAGCCAAGGUAGAAGAAGCCGAAGUAGAAGCCAAGGUAGAAGAAGCCGAAGUAGAAGCCAAGGUAGAAGAAGCCGAAGUAGAAGCCAAGGUAGAAGAAGCCAAAGUAGAAGCCAAGGUAGAAGAAUGCGAAGUAGAAGCCAAGGUAGAAGAAGCCAAAGUUGAAGCCAAGGUAGAAGAAGCUGAAGUAGAAGCGAAGGUAGAAGAAGUCGAAUUAGAAGCCGCGGUAAACGAGGCCGAAGUAGAAGAAGCCCAAACAAAAGCCGUCAAGGUGAAGGAGCCCAAAGUAGAAGCCAGCCUUUGGGUAGAAGAAGCCGGAAAAGUUGACCCAGACGAGCCGAAAGGACAAAAAGUCGUUGUGGUUCAAAAAGAGGUAAGAGAAGCCGAAGAAGGCGGCGAAGCAGAAGCAGGAGUAGAAGCCAAGGUUUUAGCAGCCGAAGUAGAAGCCAAGGUAGAAGAAACCCAAGUACAAGCCAAGGAAGAAGAAACGGAAGUAGAAGCCAACAUAGCAGUGGAAGUGAAGGUAAACGAAGUGGGAAAAACGGAGCCAGAGGAGCUGAAAGGACAAAAGCAUGUCGUGGUUGAAGAGAGCGGGGAAAUGGAGCAACGGGAGCUGAAACGAGACAAACACGUCGUUAUGGAAGAAAAAUCUCCUUCGCGAUUAUUGGAUAAAGAGGCCCAAUCAUCAUCCUCAUCCUCAUCAUCAUCAUCAUCAUCAGCAGCAGCAGCAGCAGCAGCAUCACCAUCAUCACUAGGAGCAGGUCUUCAAGCGGCUCUGGUGGAAAGUGGUGAAGAUCGUUACGACGGCCAUCACACCACUGUGGUGAAAACAGAGAGCGAAGACUCGCCAUUGCCUCCAGGGGGAGGAGGAGAUGAAAUUGCCCGGGCUGGUCUUUCCGCUCUUGCAAUGUCAGACUUCAAUGUGUCAGGACCAUCCGAGCUGCUGCCGUCCAUCCCAGUCCCCUCUGGCACUGUAGCAGAUGCAAGUUGUCAUCUGGUGGGAUCGCUGGGAUCUCCGUCUUCUUCUUCUUCGGCCCCUUCUGCUGGAAUAGCUGCAACUUCUUCUUCUUGCCCUUCUUCUGUUGCUGCCAUUGCCACAGAUGCAGCUUGUGUUUCUUAUUCUUCUGUUGCUUCCAUCGCGACAGCUGCAGCAGCUAUGGCAAUGGCUGCCGCUGUUGUGGCUGCAGCUUCUGCAGCUUCUGCGGCCGCUGCUGCGGCAGCUGCAGCCACCCCAUCAACGCUAACUGAAGGCACAGCUGACUCCCUGUCCAACAUGCUGCAGGAGGUCUCCCUAUGUCAGGAUGAUGAGAAGCGAGUUGACAGUAGGGGACUGUCUACUACUCAUCCUAUAGUCCACCAGUCGGGAAAUCCAUCAUUUUCUGCAGUGAUGGAGAAUAGUUCUGGUGUUCUGCUUACCACGAUUCCCGCUAAGGGAUCCAGCACGAGAUCACCGGCCGCUCUUCCUGUCGAAAGCAAACACAGCGUUUCUUUGCAAUCCAAUUCUCUCUCCUUUGUGUCCCUAGGGUGUGCAGCGGGUGGUGAUGGUGACAACUGCCACGCUGUUGCACCAUUUCCCUGUCCGUCCCCCAUGGUUAUUUCCGAGAGCCGCUCUAAGGAGGAGGUUGCUCCAGCUGACCCUGGCCUUCCUGCCAUGGAGGAUGCAGGGCUUCUCCGAGAGGAAAAGAGUGUCGAACAACAGCGACUACUAACGGAGAAAAGGCAAAUUGCUGACCCGAUCCCGAACAACGACCCGGAAAUGAAGACGGCCGCUCUCCUAAGGACUAGGUCGUCCCCUGCUGUGAUGACGGCAGCUGUCCUAAGGACAGCCUCUUCCCCUGCUUUCUUCCCCCUUGAUUCCCAUCCUCCUCCUCGGGAACUAUCUCCCUCCGCCGCCACCUCCUCGUCCACCUCAUUGUCUUCCUCUCUCCGAUCGCAGAGGUUUCCUGGAGUGCGUACACUGCAUGGCAAUGGGAGGGAGUUCAAUGCCAUGUCAACCUCCUCCAAGCAGGCACAGAUUCCUGAUCCGAGGAGUGAGGCACCGGCUGUGACAGAGGAAGCAACAAGCUCUGGGACACGUGCCCCCCCUGGAGCUGGAGGUCUGGAUACCGACUCUGCUGCAGACCGGUCUGCGCUCAUCGAAACGACGACAGCAGCUGUACAGCCUUCUUUGUCCUUGGCAGCGGUAUACCGGUCAAUCCCGACCAGGUGGUCAGGGAUGAUGACCACUCAGGCUGAUGUGACGAGGAAGAACCCUACGUCGGUGAUCCCAACUCCCGUCGCGACGCCGAGAACCAGACCUCCUGUUGUCAUAACUGCCUCAAUCUUGGUGGUUUUUGUGGCUCUCUUGUUCUCUCUGUCGAAUGACCCACUGUACGCCACUUCCCUGGACUCUCCCCACAAUGCUGAGAGUGGCAUUGGCGCUGUGCUGUUUCCAGGCUUCUCGUUUGUGCUCAAAUUGCUGGCCAUCAUCCUUUCAGCAGCCGUCUUGCGGCUUGCAUUUUCCCCUCCCAGUUGAAACUCAGGUACCAGUACCUCUAUCAUCAUAUCAUGUCUAUGUGACACUGUCUAUGUCUGUGAGACCAUCAUCCUUUCCUUUCAGCAGCUGCAGAUCUGUCUCUGUCGGGUUGGCAAGGAAAACCAGCCCAAGCCUGGCAGCAGUCAUGAAUCAUGACCUACCAGGUCGUACGUCAAAUGUUGAUUGGUAUGUAUGUCAAUUUAUUGAGAUUGGAUCUACAUAUCGUUUCUUUUAUUGAGAUCAGAUCUAUGUAACGUUUCUUUUAUUGAGAUUCGAUCCACUUGCCGGUUUCUGCAGAUUUGGGGUAUUUCGGAAUUCGAUCUGUCUACCAAACGGGUAUUACGAAGUCGUACAGCGUGUUGGGUUCUGCGGAUGUAGGUCUCUGCAAAUGUGAUCUGUCAGUCUGUUGAUUGAUGUGAGUCAAAUCCAGCAGCUACAGGUAGAGGGCUGGACCAGUUGUCGGGAGGGUAGUAGAAAUAGAAACAGAUAACCUUGUCUAUUGGACUGUCGAUCGCUGGAUGCGGCAAUCAGGCUAGUUUAUUGAACUUUAUUCUAUGUAUGUAGUUUGGUUUGAAACUCAUGGUGGGUAGUUUGGUCAACUUGGGUAUGAUCACUCUGCUUGCGGGUUUCUUUUGCGCUAGCUUUGCACGUAAGACUCCAUCUUUUUUUUCCCUUUCGUCUUUUUUGCCCCUUUCCCUUUCUUGAAGAACAGGGCAGGAAGCUUUUGUAGAGGAAGACUUGGCUAACUGCUUUCCCAGAUUGUGUAGGUUCAGGUUCUUUUUCGUUUCCGAGAAAGAAUGGGAAGCCUCUUUUAUAGAGAGCAAGACUUCGCCAAAAAAAAAAGGGCCCGGAUCUUAUCUUCACUGGCGACAGAUGGUGUGUUAGGAUUUUAUCUUUUUCUUGCUUCUUCUUAGGACCAAGUUGCUUCUUGACCCAGAUUCGUCGCGAGUUGCUGAGUUUGAUUCCUGGUUUCUUGGUGACGGGUGAAACGGAGCUGUAGGUAAAUGGGUGUAUCUGGAUUGGUGGGUUAACAAGUUAACGGAACUGCGGGUAAAUGGGUCCACAGGUAAAUGGAAGUGUGCGCUAACGGGUCACGGGCUGGCAUAACAGUGGGUUAAUUGGUUCACGCGAGCUUCACGGGUUCACCUAAUCGUGCAUUGACGGGUCAGGGGCUAACAGAACUGUGGGUUAGCACCCUUAUGGGUUAACGGAGCUUUGGGCCAACUGCUUCUUGACUCGGUUAAUGGGCUAGCUAGAACUGGUUAACAGAUUAUUGCCUGUCAGCACUCGCUUGGCGAUAAGUGGUGUGAGUGAGUAUGACCCAACAAUCCAGAGGGGGUUGGGGGGGGGAGGAGUGCGUGGGCGUUCGAUAUCCAUCUUUGAUUCAUGCCUUCGUUGGAUUUCUGGUUGCGUGUGCUCAGCAUUUCCACUUUUGCAAGCUAUGGUAGUUUCAUUGGUAAGAAGUAUUUCCUUAGAAAGUCAAACGCUAUGUCUGUGUUCUGCCACAAUCCUUUUUUUUUCUGUUAUUUAUUUUUCCAUAUGGGUUCUGUUGGAGAGCCAACAAGACCGUGUGUGUUCUAACGAAGUAAAAAAGCAAUUGCCAU